GAGCAUGCUGGGACAGUCUAAAAUUUCAAGAUGGCGGAAGGCGGUGAUUUUGACGUCUGCUUGCAGACUUACGAGUACAUUUACCGGCGGGACUUGCUCAAGGGCAAGGUGGCCUUCAUCACAGGUGGAGGUUCUGGUAUCGGCUUCAGAAUAGCAGAAAUCUUCAUGAGGCACCAGUGCUCUGUAGUCAUCGCCAGCCGUAACCUAGAAAAAGUCAAAGCCGCCGCUGCAAAGUUGGAGAAGGCCACUGGAGGAAAAUGUCUCGCUCUGCCCAUGGAUGUCAGGAAGGCCGACCAGAUCCUUGCAGCUGUGGAUGCUGCUUUGUCUCACUUCAACAGGAUUGACAUUCUAGUCAACAAUGCUGCCGGUAACUUCCUCUGUCCUGCUGGUAAGUUGUCCUUCAAUGCCUUUAAGACUGUGAUGGAGAUCGACGCUCACGGUUCCUUCAACUGCAGCAAGGCAGUCUUCGACAAGUACAUGAAGGACCACGGAGGCAGUAUAGUCAACAUUACUGCUACCCUGCACCAUAGAGGGGUGGCCCUGCAGACACACGCUGGAUCAGCUAAGGCAGCCAUUGAUGCCAUGACUCGUCACCUGGCCGUGGAGUGGGGCCAGUACGGGAUCAGGAUCAACUGUGUGGCUCCUGGACCCAUCGACGACACCGAGGGCAUGAGGAGGCUGGGUGGUGCAAAACUCAAGAAGAUGACGGGCAGCUAUGAGCGCUUGAUACGGGAGAUCCCUGUGGGCCGCAUCGGGACCAAAGAAGACAUCGCUAAUGGUUGCCUGUACCUCGUGAGUCCUGCGGGGUCCUUCGUUACUGGCACUAACCUGAUCGUGGACGGCGGCAACUGGCUCACACAGAAUAUCACAGCUAUGCUGGGCAAGCUGUAGAAUUACAACAGCAUCCAUACAUUGUCUCUGCCCAAUGUUGGAAAACCCGUUAUAGUUAUUCUUUUCCCAGAAAAGUAUGAUCUGCAAUAUAAUACAGUACUGUAAUUGUCUAAACUGUAAAAAUGACAACAUUUGAGUUCCUUUAAUUUUGUGUGUAGUAGAAAAUAUUAUUCCAGAGGUAGAAGUAUAUAGAGCGCUCAGAAGCUUCUAAGUCUACCAAAAUGCAGUUUGGUACAUGUAUUUAGUAACCACUGAAUCGUAUUGUGGUCAAUUCUAUAAUUAUCAAGUGUCUGGUAUCAAGAUUGGACCAACGCUGGACACAGGCAAUGGCUAGGCAGAGAAUAGGCAUUGAAGAAUGAUAUUGCUUAUUAGUCUCAGUG